AACUAUAUAAACACAUAUAUGUAAUACUUCUAUAUGGACAGUUUAAAUGGGAAGGAAUGUCCCACUAUUAAGGUGCCGACAUAUACUAUUUUCUCUCUCGCCCCAGAUACCUGGUUCACGUUGCGCAUGCUUGAGAAUUCCCCAUGAUAUUAAUAGAGGGGGAAGAAUGAGGGGAAUAAUUUUGUGGUUAUGAUUCUGUUUACAAAUAUAUUUAUUAUUGUAAUUCAGAAAAACAAUUAUAAAUUUUUAAAAACUUUUGUUUUUAUUUAAAUAAUAUUCUUUUUCCAACAAUCAGUUAUUGAAAAAUGGUGAAGUUGUGUUAUUUAUGUGAUAGAAAAGCGUCGAGAGCUGACAAUAUUUUUUUAGAUCAAUUUCUGAAAAAUUUGGAGAUACGUUUGAAGUGGCUAAAUGCUUGUGGAUUAACUGAAAAUGAUGAUGUAAAAAGAACUUGCAUAUGUUCCAGACAUUUCAAAGCUGAUGAUAUUUGUCAAUCAAAAAUUUUUGGAGUUGUUAAAUCUUCUAUAAAACGUAAUGCAGUUCCUACACUUUAUUUAACAAAUCCACUCAGUAUUGAUAAAACUAGUAAAUUACCACCAAACACGCCGCUAUCGGAAGUAUUUGAUGAGAAUGGAGUCAGAAAUCAAUCGUCAUCAUGUUUUUCUGAGAAUAAUAUUGUCAACCAAUAUAAUGUACUCAAUACUUUGCAAAAAAGUCCAAAAAAAUGUUUUGAAGUAGACAAUACUGAAUGUCAAACCUCAAAUAAUAGUAGCAUUAAUUUUGGAGCCUCUUGUAACCAAUCUGAUUUAAAUGAAUUUAUAGAAAAUGCAAAAUCGAAUCCUAACAGCGAAGACGAAAAUACUGUUCCACAUGAAAUUGAUUCCCCAAAUCAAUUUCGAAAGCGUAAAUUUCACGAGCCUCGUUAUGUUAGUGAAAUUUCAUUAUCAGAUUUUGCGACGCCUAAAAGGAGUAAAAGAACCCUUUCUUUAAUAAAAGAGACUGAUAAAAAAAAUCGGAUAAAAUAAAGCAGCUACAGAGGCAAACGAGGAACCUCGAGAAAAAAAUUUCAUCUUUGCAAGAUUUAAUAAAUCAUCUUAAGGAAAACCGAAUGUUAACUGAUGAGAGUGGUGAUGCUCUAAUGAGUAUGAUGCCAGAAGAUUGAACAAAUAUUGCAAAUAUGAAGGUUAAAGAUGGAAGAGGAUACACACCGCAAGUCCGUUCUUUUGCAUUAUCUUUACAUUUUUAUUCGCCUAAGGCUUACAGAUACGUUCGAGAAAAGUUCAAUAACAAUUUAACAUCUGUAUCAACUAUAAAAUCUUGGUACAGAGUAGUGGAUGGAUCUCCUGGGUUUACAGAUGAAUCUUUUAAAGCUAUUGAAUUGCGAUGUGCAGAGAAGAGCGGUAUAGUUAAUUUGGUUCUGGAUGAAAUGUCAAUAAAAGAAGAAAUAAUUUAUGAUAAAAAAGAAUUUCAUGGAGGCAUAAGCUUCGGGACAGUACAAAAUUCAGAUUCUGCUUACUCUGAUAAUGACAACCCUAUUACAGCAAAAAAUGCAUUAGUUUUAAUGGCAGUUUCGAUGAACGAAAAUUGGAAAAUCCCAAUUGGUUAUUUUUUGGUUAGAUCAUUGAAUAGUGAAGAGCGGGCAAGUAUCUUGAGAUUGGCAUUUGAGCUACUACACAAAGCUAAUUGCAAAGUUUAUUCAUUAACAUUUGACGGAGCAGCUUCAAAUAUAAGCAUGUGCAAUUCUUUAGGUGCUAAUUUGAACUUCGGACCCAAUUUUAAGCCUUACUUUACUAAUCCGGCGACAUCUGAAAAAUGUUAUAUAUUUUAUGAUUUCUGUCAUAUGAUUAAACUAAUACGAAAUACUUUUGGAGAUCACAAAAUAAUCAAAACUGUUGAUAAUAAAUCUAUUUUGUGGUCAUACAUUGAGAAAUUGUAUGACCUACAAUGCAAAGAAGGCUUGAGAGUAGCUAAUAAGUUAACCAAAAAACACGUUAAUUAUCAAAAUAAUGAACGUAAAAUUAGCUAUACAAACACUUAGCGAAAGUGUGUCAAAAGCUUUAAAGUUUUUACAAAUAAUUGAUGAUCCAGAAAUCCAAAAGGACUGCGAAAGUAGUUCUGAAACAGCUUUAUUUUGCUUAAAUUUUAACAAUAUUGGUGAUAUGUUAAAUUGUAAAAAUAAAUUUUCUAAGGGUGAAUUCAAUACCCCUUUGAAUGAUGAAACUUAUCUGAAAAUGAAAGACCAUGCUUUAAAAUUUGAAAAUUAUAUUAUUAAUUUAUGUAAUGACAAGGGAACACCUUUAAUUUAUACUAAACGAAAAACUGGCUUUAUUGGGAUGAUUAUAGCUCUAAGGAAUAUAUUUCCUCUUUAUGAUCAAUUAAAAAAAGAAGGAAUGACUUUUUUAUUGACAUAUAAGCUGUCUCAAGAUUACAUUGAAACAUUUUUUAGUGCUAUCAGAAGUCGUGGAGGUUUCAAAAAUAAUCCUAAUGUUUUACAAUUUAAAAAUGCGUAUUAGCGUUUGUUAGUAAGGCAUGAAUUGAAACAAUUCGAAAAUGGUAAUUGCGCCUUUGACAAUGUAGACAUUUUACACGUAUCAUCAAACACAAGAAAUUGUUACGACCAAAUUGGACAUGCAGAUUUGCUUCAAAACACUGAAAACCCUGAUAUUUCGGAUCACGAUUAUAUUCGUUAUUGCUGGGAUUUAUCUCCAUUUGUUGAAAAUAUUGUUCUAUAUAUAGCGGGUUAUGUUUCACACAGAGUCUCUAAAAUAAUAUUCUGUCCUGUUUGCAAAAAUCAAUUAAUUUCGGAUGAAUCAAGUGAAUCUAUGCCUCUUUUAUCUCUUAUCAAAAAUAGAGGACCAUUUAAAAUACCAUCGAAAGAUGUUAUUAGUAUUUGUAAGACUUCAGAAAAAAUAAUUAGACAACGUUCUCAUGAAUUACUGAACAAAAAUAUAAAAACUAUUGUUACAAAUGAAAUAUGUCGAAAAAUAGGACUAAUGUUUGAUAAUAAAGAAAUGAACGAUCAUGUUUUACUUCAAAAUUUUUCUGAUAAUCAUCGUUAUCAGUUAUGUAAAUGGAUUAUUGAAGUAUAUUUAAACACAAGAUUUUUUUAUGAAGCCAAAAAAUUAUCAGUUAAAGAUAAUUAUGUUCGGCAAAAAUAUAAUAGACUCAUUUUAUUUUAUAACCAAUAAGAAAUUAACAAACUGCAUGCUAAUUUUUGUGUAAAAUAAACUUGUAUCAGUUAAA